CCGUAAUCGCUUCUGACAUGGGGUAUGCGACUGCAAGGACCACCAUGCAGGCGAGUGCACUAAGAAGGAGAUAGCGUUGCAUGUUUGAAGUUAAGAGGAACAAAGGUCAGAUUCGAAGUGUUCACUUUGUUAGUGCCUACGUUGAAAAUUCAGAGGUCCUUAUAUCUUUUUGUAGGUUUGCUUAACCCGUCAGACCUUGGAAUAUGACGUGGCAUGACGUUCAGUUGAACUACCAUGAAGCACUUUGUCCCUUCAAUUUUGAAACGAGUUCGGGGUGAUGCGGCGACCAGCAGAUAUCUAAUAACAUAUGUAGGGACGGAAUUCGAACGUUUGAUCUCGCGGAAGCAAUUCGCGUGACUCCCCUGUCUGUGCUCCACAUGCUGGCGAGCUUCUUAUAUGUGUGCGUUGUUCGCUUAUCUCUAUCCCUCCUUUUGCAAUACGCACCGGAGCAAACUCCAGACUACAUCGCGAUAUGGUGCGAAAUGCGGGAGUCAACAUCACCGCUCUUCAUCGCAGAUUCAAAUCCCUCAUACCGGAGAGAUACAUCGCCUGCCUUGCCAUCACCUUCUCUUUCAAUCCAGUGCGUUAAAGCUGGACCGUAAAUUGCAAACAGUUUCCCUUGCGACCUGGUUAUGCGACGACAUUCAACGGGUAUCAAGGGCUGACGUUAGAGAAGCCACGCUUGACCUGCGCGCAGAUUCAUUCGCACACGGACAGCUGUACACCACACUUUCAAGAGUGCGAUGUUGGCAGGACGUUCGAACGUUAUUUGCAAGAUAAGAAGAAAAAAAGACAACAG